AACCAGGCCGAAGAAAAAGCAAAAUCUGUAGCCAGCAAAGUAGAGAAUGUAUGAUGAAGGAGAAGGUAAAAUGUUGUCGGGAUGUGCUAUUUGUCUCCUCUUGUUGCUUCCAGUGCUAUUCCUGAAAGGCGUUAUGUGGUAUAGACAAGACGUACUGAUGCACUGCAGGUUCUUUUUUUUUUUUUUUAAAUGGAUCGGAAUGUGAUUUGUCAUACAUUUUUAGCUGCUAUGGUGCAGCAGCUAACAAUGGUGCGCUGUAGACCUCGCCCCAUGUAGUCUUCUGAGGUUAUUGAUGUGAUGCUAAAGCUAUUUGUUGCAUCUUUUACAAUAUAUCUAUAUACUUCUGUUUACUGGUA